AUGGGCAAUGGGCAGGAGAUUAGGCCGGUGGCGCGGGGACCUAGGACGGGGCCCGGCCCGGGCAGAUCCGGUCGGGCCCGGUCUUAUGCGAAGCGGAAAAGAUGGGCCAUGCGCGGAGCGGGUCGGAAUCGGGGUGGGCGAAGUGCAAGGCCUGGCUCGAGGCCGGAUGACGUUGUGGCGCUGCACUCGGCUCUCGGCCCCCCUCCCUCUCUCGUACGAUUCUUCUCGUGUCCCGCGGCGAGAGGCAGAGCCCUCCGCGAGGAGGGAGUGACAGAAAGACAAUUCUCGGGCAGCGUAGAUCGCCAGAGCUCAAUCGGAGGCCAGAGGCGCUGA